AUGGGGUGUGAUGGUGGAACAAUUCCCAAACGAGAUGAACUUGUUCGGAUGAAGAAGAAGCCCGAACAAGUCGACAAAAACUACGAGUUAAACGCAAAGUGGUUCCAUUGUGCUUUAAGCCAGGCAGAGUUAAGUACUCCCAUCGUUUGUUGUGAGCUGGGCAACUUGUACAACAAAGAAGCCGUGUUGGAAUACCUUCUCGACAAAUCGUCUGUCACUACUAACAUUGCUAGCCACAUCAGAAGCCUGAAAGAUGUUAAGGAGCUAAAACUGACCACCAAUCCUGCCUUUGAACAGAAAUCUGUUGAGCAUGCUGACAGCUAUUUGGAUUUUCAAGCAUCCCGUUUUAUCUGCCCUGUUGUUGGGAUCGAAAUGAACGGAAGAUACAAGUUUUGCUUUCUGUGGAAAUGUGGCUGCGUGUUUUCUGAGCGAGCACUGAAAGAAGUUCCAUCAACUGUGUGUAACAACUGUGGCAAACCUUUCACAGACCAAGACAUUGUAGUAAUAAAUGGGAGCGAGGAAGAAUUGGGUAAAAUGAGGGCAAAGAUGGAGGAAAGGCGCCAGAAAAGCAAGUUGGAGAAGAAAGCUAAGAAGACAAAGAUUUCUGAAACUGUAACCUCCAGAAAUGGGGAAUCAUCGUCUAGCAGUUCCAGUGGUGAAAGUCCUAAGGAUGGCCCAGAAAAACCAGCGAAGCGAGCCAAGACGGAGCACACGUCCUCUACAAGUGGAGCUGCUGCAAGUGAUGUGAAGGUUUCAGGGGCAAAAUUGAAUGGAGCGAGUUCAUUAAAGGGGAAGAUUCCUGAACUGUCAAAACACAAGAGUGUGGCUGAAGACCCCAAGGCAAGCAAAGUUUUCAAGUCACUUUUCUCUUCCAGCCACAAGGACAGGCCAAAACAUCUGCAGUCAAACUGGGUGACCUACCACUCAUACCACAUCUAA